UUGCGGACGCAGCUGGCGGCGCACGGCGCGCGGGGGAUCGUGGGGCUGGCGCGCAAGUUCCGCAUCGUCGACGACGACGGGUCCAAGAGCAUCAACUCGCUCGAGUUCCACAAGGCGCUCAAGGAGCUGGGCAUGGCGCUCGCGACGGACGACGUCGACGCGCUCUUCGCGCUCUUCGACGGCGACGCGAACGGCGCCAUCUCCUACGACGAGUUCCUCCUCGCCGUGCGGGGGCCCAUGGCGAGCCGCCGCGUGGGCCUCGUGGACAAGGCCUUUGGGGUGCUCGACCGGGACAAGUCGGGCGUCGUGGACGUCGAGGACCUCGUCGACGCGUUCGACACGUCGCAGCACCCCGAGGUCAUCGCGGGCGCCAAGUCGUCGAACGAGGUGCUCCAGGAGUUCCUCGACACCUUCGAGGUCGGCGGCGAGAAGGACGGCAAGGUCACGCGGGGCGAGUUCCACAACUACUACGCGAACGUGUCCGCGUCCGUCGACGACGACGACUACUUCGAGCUCAUGAUCCGCAACGCGUGGCACAUCCCCGGCGGCGAGGGCUGGUGCGCCAACUCGGCGAACCUCCACGUCCUCGUCACGCACCAGGACGGCCACCAGUCCGUCCAGAUGAUCGAGGACGACCUCGGCCUCGACUUCACGGACACGCCCCACGUGCUCCGCAAGCUCCAGGCCCAGGGCAUCGACGCCAUCGACGUCCGCCUCUACGGCGCGGCCGGCGCGACGAAGCCCAAGAAGAACAACACGUUCCGCACGACCUUCACCAUCGAGUAG